AUGACGGUUACAGGCGAAUCGCUAGAGGAAGUGGAGGCAUUGGCGACUGAGUCAAAAUGCAGGGUAAAGAGUUGGAUGCAGAACGCGAAACUGCAAAUAGCGCACCAUAAAAUGGAGAUACUACUGGUCAGUAAUCGGAGAGCAGUCCAACACGUGGGGAUUACCGUCGGGGAACAUAUCAUAACCUCAAAACGUGAGUUGAAGCACCUGGGUGUGAUGAUCGACAAUCGGCUAAAAUUCAACGGUCACGUUGACUACGCAUUCGAAAAGGCAGCGAAGGCCAUCAGUGCACUGUUUAGGAUCAUGCCGAAUAACUUUGGACCAAGCAGUAGCAAGAGGCACCUCUUAGGCAGUGUAUCAUCGUCGAUACUGCGGUAUGGCGGACCAGCCUGGAUUACAGUGCUUCAAACCCAGUGUAACAAAGCAAAGCUGAGAAGUACGGCCCGACUCAUGGCCAUUCGAGUCGUGAGCGCAUAUUGGACUAUCUCAGCAGAAGCUGCAUGCGUAACCGAUAGGAUCAUUCCCAUCGACAUCACCUUGAUGGAGGACUACGACUGCUAUAGGCAAAAGGAGGUCAGAGGAAUUAGAAAGCUGAUGAGAGCAGAAUCAAUGGCUAAGUGGGCGAAAGGAGUGCAACACGACACUGAAACGUAG